UGUGCAUGCGACAUCCCAUCCCACGCCUACCAGUACAGCUGGAACCCCAACCCCCGUUGGAGCCGCCUGUAUGCCGAGGCGGCUGAAAUCUUGGACUAUCUCAAAUCAACGGUGACCAAGUUCGAUCUCAGACGAUAUAUUCAAUUCGGUACAACAUGCACCGGGGCAAACUGGGAUGAGAAGAACUCUGAAUGGAACGUUUCUCUGCAAAGCAACGGGAAUACUAAUAAUGAAGUCUCGGUCAAGUGCGAUGUUUUUGUCGUUGCUGUAGGAAGGCUGAAUAACUGGAAGCUACCAGACAUAGAUGGUCUUGAUACGUUCCAGGGGCGUGUGAUACACACAGCCAACUGGCCCCAAGGCCUAGACUAUCAUGGCAAAGAUGUAGCUGUAAUAGGAAAUGGGGCCAGUUCAACCCAAUGUUUAGCUAGCUUACGCAAAGCUUUAGACGCGAGAUCCAUCAGUAACUUUGUUCGUGGAUCAACAUGGCUGGUUCCGCAUGUAUUUUCUAGCAAUGGAGAACCGCAGGUCAAUUAUUCCCACGAUACAAUCAAGAAAUUCGAAACCGACCCCGAUUCGUACCUUCAAUUCCGCCUAAAAAUCGAGAAAAAGCUGGCCUAUAGCUUCAGAGGUCUCUGGGCCAACUCGAGCGCUGCUAGAGAAUUCACUCAAAAUGCAAAGCAGCACAUGGCCAAUAAAAUUAACGACCGACAGACUUUGAAGGCCCUUCUUCCUACUAAGUAUAAAGCUGGUUGUCGUCGCUUCACACCUGCCGAUAAAUAUUUGGAGGCUCUAGACCAGUCAAAUGUAGAGCUCGUUUCAACCCCAAUCAAGCAGGUGGAGGGAAAUGCUAUCAUCACGACUGACAACAAACGGCGAACAUAUGACAUAAUCGUCUGUGGCACAGGCUUUGAGCCAUACGCACCGAGGUUUCCGAUCAAAGGGAGCGGAACAGCUAACUUGUCAGAGCUAUGGUCAACGGAUGGGGGCUAUGAGAGUUACUUGGCAGCAACAGUCGCUGGUUUCCCCAACUUUUUCGUGUUUAAUCCACCUAUCUGUCCUGUUAAUGGUUCAGCGUACCCUGGGAUUGAGCGUACGAGUGACUACAUCAUCAGAGUCAUCGACAGGCUACAGAAGGAUCGCUUAAGGUCAGUCUGUGUCAAAAAAUCAGCCCAGGACGCCUUCAACCGCUGGGUUCAAUCACGCAUGCCAGAGAUGGUAUGGUCGGAGCCAUGCUCAUCGUGGUGUAAGUCGACCUCUUCCAACGAAAAGGUAAUUGUUCCAUGGCCAGGAACAAUACUUCACUACUACGCCGCAACUGAAAUAGUGCGAUGGGAGGACUACGAUCUCAAGUUUGAAGAGGAUGACCAAAAGUUUGCAAGUUUCGGGAAUGGUAUUACAGUAGAAGGAUUCACUCCGCAAAGUAUACCUUGGCUUUAA